AUGCAGCCCAUUUUUGGACCACGAUUUGUCCGCUUAUUUAGACUUGGACAAAAAUUUUGGCUUUGUGGGCUUGGCUGUAUUGAACCGCUAUGGAUCAAAAUGAUGCAAAAGGACAAGCAAAUCGGACAUUUGAGAACCCCACCAUGCAAUUCCUCUGCACCAUACAUGUCUAACAAGUGUACUCCUCACAGGUCCGAAUAA